AUGGCCUCAGGGGCAGCCGAAAAGAAGACUGAAAAGUCUUACUUGAGUUCUGCCGUCGACUCCAUUAAUCCAUGGGCCAGUAGCCGCAGUACAACUCCUACUCAGAAGGCCAAGCCGGAGGAAGCUCGACCAGCUCCUGUUCCCGCAAAUCCUGACGAUCACAGCACGACGCAUCUCUACGGCCAAAGCUUCAAAUCAUACCCUGCAGGAUGUCCGCCUUUAAGAGUCCAGUGGUUUCACGCCGUCGACGUUCCUAAGCGGAAGCCUCAGUUGACCUCCCCUAGCCGUUCAGCGCAACCUGAAAAGCCUGCAACGCCGCCAAAGAAGUAUUCCGCCUUUUCUACCUCCGAUUCCAAGGCCUUGGAGGGAGAGUAUCAGAAGCUGUUGGAAGCGAUGGAGGACGCUCGGAGUCAGGCUCCUGGUGCCCGUCUACUCUCAAGAAAGAGAAAAGCAGAUGCGGCUGGCGAGAAGUCGGAGAAGGCCCUUGAUCACGAGGAUUCUAAUUCCAGUGCCGUUCGUGUUCCCGUGAAUGAAGACUUUCUCUUUGAUGUCGACAUCGAAGCUCGAGAGCUGGCUCCUGUUUACUGGCUGGGUCCAGUCUAUGAAGUACGGCGAGGAACUUGGUUCUAUCAAGAUAGCUCGACAUUACGUCCUUGCGAGGAGAAUCUUGCUGCACAACUUGAAGAGGGUUACCUCAAGACGAAGCCAUGGCAAUAUGCUGGCAGAGAUCGUAGCCCAUCGGGUGCGAGGAAAAACAUUACGCCAAAAGCGUCGCGGGAAAAUCUUAAGUCAACAAGCUCAUCCCGGUCAGCGAGUGCGACUCGCUUGAAGGAGCAUAAUACCCCUGCUGCCAACGCUGACUCCCAAGGCCAAUCGCAACCCCAAAGCUACCGGCUCUUCGGGACCUACAUGAAUAGCAUGGCCACUUACCAGGACGCCAAUACGGCUUGGUUAACCUCAGACGGCAUGCUUUCAUGGGUCACUUCAUCUGUCUAUCAGAGAUUCGGUGGUGGGAGCUACAUGAGCGGGGUGAAGCUCGUCCGUGGGUAUUCUGAGCCCAGUAAAACCAGGGACAAGGACAAGGAUAAAGACAAGGGCGAUGAAAGCCGAUCAGCCACUGCCGAUGAAGCCCUCUCGCUGGAUCAGAAGCAGCAGAAGAUGUUGAAGCGAAGAUCGGCACCUCCGUCGACCCGUGCUUCCCAUGACGAACCCGCCCACGAUGACCAGCAGAUCAAGACGGAGAGGGACCCUCGAGAAAUCAGGCUGCAGCGUCAGCUAUCGUCGCUCAUUGAGAGUGAGGGGAGAACCAAGGCUGAAACGGAAGAAGAGAUCCGCCGGCGCGAAGAACAGGAGAUACAAGACGACUACACUGGGCAGGCCGGCGAGACUCAAGGACGUGAGAUAGAACACCUGGUGCUGGUGACCCAUGGAAUCGGCCAACUCCUCAGUCUUCGCAUGGAAAGUGUCAACUUUGUCCACGAUGUUAAUAUCCUCCGCAAAACCAUCAAAUCCGUAUAUGCCAACUCAGCAGACCUGAAAGCCUUGAACUCGGAGCUUGGACCCGGACCAGGAAACAGUCGCGUGCAGGUGCUCCCGGUAUGCUGGAGGCAUCUUCUGGAUUUCCCAAGAAAGCGCCAGAAGAAGGGUGAGCGCGACCUAGGGGACAUCGAUGGCGACGAGGAUGAAUAUCCAUCUCUGGACGACAUCACUAUUGAAGGGGUGGCCUUUGCCCGUUCCCUCAUAUCUGACCUUGCUUUGGAUGUGUUGCUCUAUCAGAGCUCUUAUCGUGACCAAAUUACGAGGAUUGUCCUCAAUGAGUGUAACCGCAUAUUCCAGCUAUUCAAGGAACGGAAUCCAGACUUUAAGGGAAAAGUGCAUCUAAUGGGCCAUUCCUUGGGUUCUGCGAUCCUUUUCGAUGUUCUUUGCCAACAGAAGCAAGAUCGUCCUACCGAGCACAAGUCUUUGUUGCGUCUGUGGCCGAUGCAGGAUCGAACAGAAUCGCCAAGCAAGAAUACAGAGCUGGAGCUCGACUUCAAUGUUGAGGACCUAUUCUGCCUGGGCUCGCCGGUUGGUCUUUUCCAGAUGCUUAAGGGACGAACCAUAGCCGCGAGACCGCGCCCCCAAUCCGCGAAAGCCAAGGACCCCCAGAGCAUGGAUUGUGAUGAAAAUGUGCUCCGCACAACCCCCCUUGCGUCGGGGACAGAGCAAAUAUCCCCAGUGACCGGUCUGCCCGGAACCGUCGCGUCGCCCAAGGUUCAACAGCUAUUUAACAUAUUCCACCCAUCAGAUCCCAUUAGCUAUCGCCUUGAGCCUCUGAUAUCACCGUCGAUGUCAACAUUGAAGCCUCAAUUGUUACCCUACACGAAGAGGGGAAUAUUUAGCAAUGUUACACCACAAGGGCUGACCGGGAUCGGAACUAUGGUUGGACAGAGCGUCAGCGGAUUGUGGUCGAGUCUGAGUGCCGGCAUUGCUAGUAACCUGCUCAACCGAAGUCUCGGUAUCAAUAGCGAAGAGGUGGCGAGGAUAACAGCCAGCGCGUCGCGCGGAGAAUCACAGACCCUUGAAGGCGCGCGAUCGAAGACUCUGGCGAGUGGUGAUACUCCCGACGCUGAGAAGCGAGUGGCUACGGAUGCGCGCAUGAAGAAGCUUGCCGACUCCACGACCAAUGCUUCGGACUUUGGGUCUGGCCUGAGCGACCACAGCCCGACGUUGAUCGAUGACGAGCUGGAGACCCUGUAUUCCAAAUUCCAGCAAAGCCGCACUCAAAUAUCCAAAGAAGGGGAGACGACUUCUACGUCGGACGAAGAUAAGAAGGCGCGCAAGCUACGCAAGGAAGAAGGGAGAGUUCGAGCACUUAAUCGCAAUGGCCGAGUCGACUACAGCAUCCAAGAGAGCGUCCUGGACUUCAACCCAAUCAAUACAAUCGCCUCACACAUGGGCUAUUGGGCUGACGAGGAUGUGAAUCAUUUCGUCCUCUCCCAGAUGCUGUCGAAUCGAUCGAGGCGGAAAUCUGAAUCCUAA